CAGCAAGAAACUUCUUACAUGCGAUCACAUAUUAUAUAGGCACUCAUCAUCAAUUGUUAUGUGUGGUUGCAAUAGUGUUGUUCGACUCCGCAGCCCAACAGCAAGUAUGACCAAUACUUAAUAGACUUAGCCCUGUUUAAGAGGCACAAGUUGCGUACUCUAUUUCUACUUUCAAUGCAAAAUUACCUGGUUGUCAAGAAGUUAGGAACUGGCACAUAUGGGUCUGCGUACCUUGUGACCCUAAAAGCCAACCCCGCCCAACAGUAUGUGCUUAAAAAGGUCAAGGUGGAUGGUGGGGAUGCCUCGGCAGACUCGGAAGUCAAGGUUUUGCGUAGCCUGUCACACCCGCUGGUCCUCAGCUAUGUUGAUCACUUCAUGUACAAGGGCCAUCUCUGCAUCGUGACGGAGUAUUGCGAUGCUGGUGACUUGUAUCAACUCCUUCGCUCCCGGAAGACGGCUUUGCCUGAGCCACAGCUGUUGGAUUUGUUUGCGCAAGUGGUACUAGCCAUACAGCACGUCCACUCCAAGAAUAUUCUGCAUCGAGACUUGAAGACGCAGAACAUAUUCCUUACAUCGGGUGGAAGUAUUCGGCUAGGCGAUUUUGGCAUAAGCCGUCCCUUGAACGGCACUAUGGACCUUGCCUCCACCAUCAUUGGCACGCCGUACUACAUGUCUCCAGAGGUCAUGUCGUCCAUGCCGUACGACUUCAAAUCCGACAUGUGGUCGCUGGGCUGCGUGCUGUACGAGAUGAUGAGUUUGAAGCAUGCCUUCGAUGCAACCGACAUGUCCAGCCUGGUCAUGAAGAUCCUGCGUGGAGAGCACCUGCCCAUUCCGCAGGCGUUCAGCCAGGAGCUCAAGGACCUGGUACGGCAGCUGCUGUGCAAAAACCCAAAAAUGCGUCCGUCGCCCGACCAGAUACUGAAGAUGCCCUUCAUGAAGGAGUAUGUCGCACGGUGCCGGGAGACGGUUGCGCAGCUGGAGCAGCAGCAGCGGGGUGGCGGGCCCCGUGGACGCGGCGUCAGCGGGAGACCAACGGAGCACGGGGGGCAGGCCUCUGGCGGCUCCCCGCUGCUCAACCGCCACAGCUACAGCGUGGGCAUGGGUCUGGGCGGCGAGGGUGCGGGCUGCGGCGGGGGCGGGGCGGCGGGGGGUGGCGCCCCCCAGGGGGGCGGUGCCGCGCUGUCCCCCAGCCAGCUGGACCGGGAGCUGGAUGCCGCCAAGGAGCGACUGAGGCGCAUCCAGCUGGAGCGGGAUGCGCUCAUCAAGCAGGUGACCCAUGCGGGCUCUCCCGGGAUGCCCUCCUCUUCCGGCGGCCGCAACGGCAGCAACCCCGGCAACCACCGCCACUCCUCUUCGCAGCAGCAGCAGCAGGCGGCGCAGAGCCCCCCGCUGGCCAGCCAACACUCGGAGAUGAGCGUGGCGGGGGGCGCAGGGCUGGCCGGCAGGUCCUGGCGGGAAAAGGAGGAGGCGCUGCAACGGCUGCAGGCGCGCAGCAGUCAGCGCGAGAUCAUGAUGCAAGUGUCUCCGCUGCCGCCUUCCGGCCAGUCGCCCGGGGGAGGCGGUGGUCUGGGCGGGGGUGGGGGUUUGGGUGGUGGGCAGUACUCGCACGUGUCCACUCCCUACCUGCCCCACUUGGCGGGUGACGUAGACACGGCGCUAGAGCGGCACCGGGAGCAGCGGCAGCUGCGCAGCUCACGACCGCAGUCGCCCGACUAUGGCGGUGGUGGCGGUGGCGGGGGUGGAGGAGGAGGAGGAGGUGGCUUGGGGAACGGCUCGCCGCCAGGCGCGUCUGGUAUAAUGGAUCCCAAGACGCGCAUGAAGGUGCGCAAGGAGGAGGAGUCGCGGCGGCGGGAGGCGGAACUGCUGCACGCGCGCAAGGCCUACUUUGAGGAGCGCAAGCAGGCGGCGGCGCGGCUGCAACAGCUGUACUCGCCGUCGGCUUGCAACGGAAUCGCCGCAAACAGGCGCGUCACCGACAGCUCCCCAGUGCACUGCCGACCCGCCGACCCGCCGUCCGUCCGCAGCUCACAGAACUACAUCUCCAUGCACCACCUGCAUGCUGCUAGCGGGGCUGGUGGGGGGCUGGCGGGCGGUAUGGACUCCGCGCUAGCCCGCGAGAACUCCAGCGGGUUGGACAUUGGCGGCAGCGCCGGCAGCUGCAGCGGCGCGCAGGGCGGGUUCUACUACUGUGGUGGCGGCGGCGGCGGCCUGCCGCAGCGGGGCGUGUCAGGGCUGGGGCUGAGCGACAGUGAUGACGACUUGAAUGAGGCUUACAGCGGACACCUGGCGUACGGGCAUGACGGUGCCGCCAUGCAGGAGUUCGAGGCCGAGCUUGUGAACGGAGUGGGCGGGGCGCCUCCGCCGGCGCCGGCGGGUGGUGCGGGUGCGGGUGCGGGUGUGGCGCCGCCGCAGCUGCAGCAGGCGCUCGACCGGGGCGGCCUGGCGGAUCGCAUUCUGGCGCUGAGGGAGGUGUGCGCCUACAACCUGGGUCAGCCGCUGUACGAGCUCAUCUACGGCUACAUCCGCAAGCGAAUGGCGCAGGGCCUCACCGACGACGCCGCCUUCAGGCAGGAGCUGCUGCAGCGGCUGGGGCAGGGGCGCAUGCAGUACGUGCACCUCAUAGACCAGCUGAUCUACUUCGAGGACAUGCAUGGCCGGCAGGCGCCCAUCAUGUGAGAUCAGGACACAUGAGCGGGAGGAGGAGGAGGAGGAGGGGGACGGCAGCCGGAGGUACUGUGCAUGUGAGCUUGUAACAUGAUGUCUGUUAUAGUGCUCUGGCUUACUUUGUAAGAGACGCCAGCGGGGAAAGGCGGUGGUGGAGGAAUGCCGCCAAGGGCCGGAUGGUUCAUGAGGGUAUCGUGAUUGCGUGCGCUUGGGUGCCUGGUGUUGGAUGCGAGGAUGGGAGUGCGGGAUGGGUGGCCGGUAUGGGAUGAAGGAACAAAUAAAGGGGUGGGGUUUUCCCCAACCAAAAUAAGGCUAGGGAGCGGACGUGAGGGGUGGAGGCACGGGGUAAGGAUGCUGGAUGAGAGCUAAGCUUGCGUUGGAUGUGCAUAUACGUACGCGCUUUCUGAUGGCAUCUGGGUUUAUCUGCGUGUCUUGUCUUUGAGCCCUCGUCGCUGCGAACGCGUCUGUCUUCGGGAAAGCCGCCUGCUGUACAUAGUACUAGGGGGCAGUGUGGCUGUGCUGCUUGUGCAGUCGCUUAAUAAGGGAUGAUGUUGCACCAUAAGCGCGCGGCUAGGAGGUAGCGUGGGCGCUGCAAUAAUAAUAAGAAUGCAACAGCGUUGCAGUCUGUUGUUGCAUUCUGACUAUCUAGACGUCUGGACUAAAUACCGGUAUGUGAGUAUGCGUAACGUAGACUACACCUUUGUUGGGUGCUAAUGGGACCUCAUUGCACCAUGAAAGCGGUUUUGAACGAAUAAAAAGGCUCGGGUUUUGGAGAGGACGUGUAUGGCAGUGUGUACAUACCGGUAUAGCCUUCCUUUCAGUCGGGUCGUGUGGCUCUUCUUUCUCACUUUUUGAGCGUGCGGAUGCUUAGUAGGAGCUGCUGGGAAGUGGUUGCGGAGGUCGAUCUCGCAUGCAGGACAUGCAUGCAACCGACGGACACGCUUCUAUUGCGGCUUGUGGAAUAGCUUUGGGCCGGAUGGGACGGCGUCUUCUUUACCUGCGCUGAAGUGAUGGAUAGGGGUAGCAGUUAGGACGCUUCUCCCUGCCCUUCUUAGCGAGGUGGAGGAAGGUCCCCAGGGCAAGAGCUUACCCCUUUUUCGAUUCGCUGCUCAACGGUGUGGACUUUCAAUUUUCGGUCGCAUGGAUUGCACGGAUCGUUACGAUACGAUGGAAGUUUACGUGCGGGAAUAUGCCGUGGUUUUACUUCGCCCAGGUGGGUGCCUUCUUUUGGGGUACCUUCUGGGAUAACCUAAGAAGGCUAGUAGGCAUGAAGCGUGUUGCUGUGUCUCAAGAGGGGCCGCGCCAACGGAGGCAAAGACAGUUCUGGAAUCGCACGAGGCGGAAAAACUUCCAAGUCAGCUAUACCGUGCUACCUUUAAAACGGUG